AUGGUUGAAACGGUCAAGGAGAAGAAGUUUAGUGAAAUGCGUGGAUCAUCCGGGUCGUCUGAUCAAGCUGAUGAGGAUGAUGAAACUAGCAGCAGCUAUCAGCGUAUGAACACAGAAGGGGGCGGAGUAAACGAGCUCGUCAUCGAUGCGAGAUAUACCCUUGCAUGGCACCAUCUUCCACAAGACGGGAAGGAUAUAUUCGAACUUUUCUUUCCGUUCCCCGAUAAUGUCCGUGAAGCUACUAGGCGGGAUGGGCUCUCGGUCAUUAUCAAGCGAAUCAAACAUAGUUCAGAGAUAGAUAUCCUCAAGUACCUUGGGAGCGGGGGAGGCGGAUCGAAUCAUAUCAUCGAGCUGCUUGACAUGCACAAAAUCGACGCGCAAUGGCUUAUCGUCAUGCCGAAGCACAUCAGACUUUGUGAAUUUUCGCAUGUGCUAUCGGCAUCUGCGACCGUUUAUUCGUUUUAA